AUGCAGGAGCCGCAAGACUUGGGAGGGAAAGUAGAUACUUUCGUUAAGCGAAGGCAUAAAGAAAAGCUGGUCGGAUUUCUAAUCUGUUUUGGAGAAAUAUAGUCUAUAAAGACAGGUAGGGUAGGCUACUUAUAAACACAUUUAUUUUUGUAUCUCGCGUAAAGUAAUAAGACGUUGGUUAUAACCACAUUAUAAGAUAUAUCUUGGUGAGGUUUGAUUUUGGCAUCAUUCAAUUCAACGAUUGAUAACUUCAUGGCUUUGAUAGAAACUGAUACUGAUGGUAGCUGCAAAUUGAACGGGCCGUCGACAAUUUACGGUAGGAUUGGCACAAGAAGACAAGGCAAGACAGGCAUAACCGGUAAAAUGCAGCCCAAAGACACGGAAUAUUCAACAGAUGGGUUACCCAAAGCCUUUUUACACAGUCUGAGGACACUCUUUGACAUCCUUGAUGAUGGGAAGAGAGGAUAUGUGCACAUAUCGGAGAUUGAGAGUAGAUGGCAAGGGGCAGAUACUCAUGAUUUGUCCGGCGGGGUUCUGGAGUGUCUGAGGCUGGUGGCCCCACCUCAUGGCUGCCUGACAUUUGAGCGCUUCGUGGCGGGGCUGCGAUACUCCAUGCCGAAAGCGGACAACAACAACCACAUAAAGGCUCAGGUUUCCCUGCACCCGAAACAAGCACUUCUGCACUCCAAACGGCACCAUAUGCCAGCGCAAAAAACUGUCCCGCUCUCUACCUGCUCUGUCGGAACUCUGAUUGAAAACAAAGUUCGCCCACUGGGUCCAAGCAAUGGGACAAAUACGCAUCACAAACGCGCGUCCUCACUUCAGAGUCGUUCCAGACAUAAUGAGGGGAAAACUGGACACCCACCAGUCACCUCGGUCGUAGGGGGUCCCAUGCGUUACACCAAUACGGGUUAUGAGAGAACAGGCAGAAGUUUGGAACGGAUAACCAUUGUGCCCGAAAGCGGUUCAUUUCGAGCGGAUUCGGUUCGGAUGGGGAAGCAGACGCAUCCACAGAAGAGUCGGGUGAGGUCCACAGAGUCCCUUGCUCUCGAGUCGUCAAGUCUCCAAAAACCGAGUAUUGUGGAGGCUGGGUUACCGAGGUCCCAGAGUGAGUCAGUCACGGGAUUCACUGUCUCCAGACGCCAUGGGCGGAGCCGAGAUGAGCAGAGACGCCACACCAUCACCAACGGGGUGGAUUAUGGAAUGCUGAAGCAGAUGAAGGAGUUGGAGCAGGAGAAGGACUCUCUGCUGGCCGGUCUGGGCGUGGUGGAGCGGGCUAGAGAGUGGUACCAGACUCAGAUCCACAACGUCACCGAGAGACAGAGACACGUGGGCCAAAGCAACCACUGCACGGAUUCCUUCGCAGAAUCCCAGAAUCAAAGUCACAGGAAUGUUCUGCUUCCCAAGCUGCAGGAAGUCAACCGUUGCCUUAAUGACCUAAUUUCCUGCUCUGGAACGCAGUCUUUCCCAUCCUCCAGCUCCCAGCCCACAGUGAUCUCCUCCAGCUCCCAGCCUCCUGCCCCCCCACAAGCCAUUCAGAGACUAAAGGACCAGAACCGCCUUCUCACCCAGGAGGUGACAGAUAAGGGUAAGCGCAUCACUCAGCUGGAGCAGGAGAAGUCUGCUCUGAUCAAACAGCUGUUUGAGGCUCGCGCCCGGAGCACGCAUGACAGCAGCACCAUGGACUCCACCUUCAUCUGAAUACAGACACCAUAAUACAACCACACUGGGCUCCAGCUCUAUCUGACCCCCCCCCCAGUCACAACAAGACAACUGUAUCACUCCUACUGGAUUCCAUACUCAACUCACCACUUCUGUGAUGAAAGCACCUUGAACUUUAUACCCCACAUUGUACCACUCCCCUUGGAUCUCCCCAACUGACCACUCCACUUAAAAUGGCCUGCACACUAAUCUGGGCCGGCCACUCCUUGAGGGGAGGGACCCCCGAGUCAACCCUCCUAUAAUACAGUCAGCCUCACCCACUGGGCAAAAAUCCAGGAACACCAGUCUUACCACUCCUAACUGGGGCCUUCCCAGGAUUCCACUCCCACUUGAUCACUCCAAGGAUCUACUGUGAUGCACUAGGAUCCUACCUUAUUGGACCAGCCUUUAUGUUUACCCUCCCUCUCAUCACAGUAUAUCCUAUGUGAUUGGACAUCAUCGACUACAUUUAAAACCGCUACAGGGAGCUACAGGAUCCAUCCCUGCCAAUCACCAUGACAACAGCUGCUGUACAAAAUACAUUUGUUAUAGAGGGACUUCCAGACCGAUACACACACCACACUAAAAAUGUCGAUUUUUUUUUUUAAAUGAAAAAGUUGAUGUGCUGUGAUCUACCAUUCCAACACAUUGUUGUUACCCAUUUAAUCCAGAGACUUUGAUCCCGGUCACACAUUGGUCAAUAUUUCUCCCCUUCUAUUCCAAUACACCCAGUUGUGAACCUCAAAUCUUCAUUGACAUAGUUGAUAUGAUGAGAAGCUGAGCUCUCCUGACCUGGAGGGCACAAUGACUGUGCAGCAUCUCAUUUAUGUCUCUCUAAGUGCCCUUUAAGUGACGCACCAGUAUAUAUAGCCUAUUGCCCACCAUUUUAGAAGCAGAGCAGCGUGUAAAUAUCACAUUUUGUUUCCCUUAAAGUGAAUGUAUAUUGAGAACACCAAAAGGUCCUACAAGCCAAGGGGAUCGAGUAGAGGAGAGGGUAAGAGAGAGGUUUGCACGUAGAAGAGACUUGAAGAUGAGAAGGAUUGGUAUAUAUUGAAUGUGCAUUGAGCCCUGGUCCUCUGGAGCAGGGCGUGGCUCAGAGAAGAGGGCUGUUGUGUUGGCUAGUGGAAUUAAAGUGACUCCUUGGUUAUUAGGCCUCUAAUGUAAUGAUUCAUGCAAGACUGGUUUUAUCGUGCCACUUCUCCUCUGUGGUGUCCUGGAGCCUUUUUUUUUUUAAAGAAAAAAAAGAAUGUGAUCCCACUUUCUGUUCAUCCUGUACUAACAUGGUAUGUGAGACUUGGUUCCCUGAGAGGUGAACACCAAGCACAGGUGCAACCGCUCUUUACUGCUGUUCUUCAUAAUGGUCCCACUAAUCCAGGAUAAUAAACCACGUGGUCGACAGGGGCCGCUCAGUCUUGAACCCCCUUUUUAACUGAGAAUUAAAAAUAAAAAUCUUUUAGUGGCUGUAGAUUGCUAUGUAACGCAGCUAUGUGAUGAUGUUGCAGUGCAACUUGUAUUAGGUACUGUCGUUAUGUCUGCAUACCAAUACUCUCUGCUGUGACUGACUGCCUGUGACUGACUGCUGUGACUGACUGCUGUGACUGACUGCUGUGACUGACUCCUGUUUGAUUGUAUGUCUUUGGUCUCGUUAUCUCGCUGCACAUGAGUAUAUGCCACCCUAUCAUUUCCUAUUUCAAUUGAAGUAUUCCCACUUGACUGUAAAAUAAACACCAAAAGGUGCCAAUAAGGUCAUACUAUCGAUCAGCCACCUUUUCAUCUAUUUUGUGGUGUUUUACCUUGUGAUUAAUUUAGCCUUGCUUUUUCAUUCCGUUGUAUUCCAGGGUUGAUCCAGAUGAGGGUGGUUUUAAGAUGUUAAAUUAGCAUCUUGUUGAACAAAGUUGACUUGAUUUAGAAAGCAGUCCCCUCUAUGCAGGUGGAUGUAAUGGGUCAGGAUGUUGACUGAACAGCUUUUGGGUGCAGGGUGCCUCCAAGUCCUGUUUUUCAACCAGAAUCUUACAAACUCUGGGUUGCAGACUGAGUAGGUUAAUUGACGUUUAUCAACAUUGAUAACGAAAUUCUCAUAACAGCAUGGCACAGUUGGGAGCUUGUAAUGUACAUAGGACCUGUUAUAUUACCUCUAAAACAACCUCUUUUCCAGUAUAGCAGAUAUUUAGAAAGUGAAGGAAAAUAUAAAUAAUUCUUACUUUGGUUAAAAAAGGUUUAUACAGACAGCACACUGGGCAAAUAUUUCACAUCUGGAUUCAUAUUUGAUUUGUUGUUGUCAGCAAACAUGAAUUCAAUUUAAAAAAUCAACCAGUAAAACCCUCUUGUUGAUUUGUGGUUGAAACCCGUGUUGAAUUUAAACCAUUUCUGCAACAUCAAUCAAAGAGCCAUAUUUGUUUACGUUGUGGGGAACAACAAUGUGCGGGGGUGUCUAUGGAAGAAUGUUGCAUCUUAUUAAAACUGUUGAUACACAAACGUCUCAAUGAGAAAGUGUGUAAGAGGACAGGUAUUCGAGGACGUGUAGCUUUGUCUUGAACCAGGCUUCCCUAAAACAGGUGUUGACAACAACGUGAUUUUGGAGGUAUGGCAACGCGGGACUAGAUGGCGGGUAGUAGUGCUCAUGUGUGGAGAGAAAGAAGACUGUCUUGUUUAUCUGGAUAGAAUUACUGAUACAUUUGCAUCUGAUACUCUUUCUUCCUCUUCUUUUGUAAAACUCUUUGUCGGUGGCUGCCAGUAAAUAGCACCGUUAAAUAAUCACACACAUAUAAUAGCGCUUAACUAGUUGACUGUUUUUUUUCUCCAAUUUGUUCUUUCUGAUCAAAUAAAAAAGCAACCCGUGCCAAGUUGAUGGACAGGUUGAAAUGAA